AGCACUGGGGCAGCAGGUUCCUGUGUGUGCUUUAGCUGAGAGGAGGGGUGGAGAGGAGGAGAGAUCCCAGGCACAGCUGACGUUGCACAGGAUACACAGCUGUGCUUCCUCCCUGCGAUCAGGAACCAUUCGAAUGGCUGUCUUAUCCCAUCGCCUGUGACGUCCCCCCCAAUGCUGUCAUAUACCCAGCCGGUGCAUCUGUGGCUUCCCUUUAUUUCAAGCUUAUCCAGGUCACUGAAGAGAAGGUGAAAGAUGGACGGCCAUAAUUACCAGUACUCCAGAGAGUUCUAUGACCGAUAUGCACAGGGUCAGGAAAAGUCCGUGGUCAAUAAGAUGCAGCAGAAAUACUGGAAGACCAAACAGACCCUCAUCAAGGUGACCGGCAAGAAGGAAGAUGAACACGUGGUGGCCUCAGACUCCGAUUUAGACGCCAAACUGGAGCUCUUUCAUUCAAUCCAGAGGACGUGUAUGGAGCUCGUGAAGGUCAUAGAACAGUAUCAGAAGCGGAUUUGCUUUUUGUCCCAGGAAGAGAAUGAGUUGGGGAAAUUCCUCCGUGCGCAGGGCUCUCAGGAUAAAUCCCGAGCCGGGAAAAUCAUGCAGGCCACAGGGAAGGCUCUCUGCUUCUCCUCCCAGCAGAGGCUGGCCCUACGAGCCCCAUUAUCCCGACUUCAUCAGGAGGUGGAAACCUUCCGUUAUCGAGCAAUAUCCGACUCCUGGCUGACCGUCAACCGAAUGGAACAAGCCAGGACCGAGUACAGAGGUGUAUUACUUUGGAUGAAGGAUGUGUCUCAAGAACUCGACCCAGAUCUCUACAAACAGAUGGAGAAAUUCCGAAAGGUCCAGGCUCAGGUCCGUCACACCAAAUCUACUUUCGAUAGACUGAAAACAGAUGUGUGCGAGAAGGUGGACCUCCUACGUGCCAGCAGAUGUAACCUGCUAUCCCAUGUCUUGGCUUCAUACCAGACAACUUUGCUUCAUUUUUGGGAGAAAACAUCUCACACAAUGGCAGCAAUUCAUGAAAGCUUCAAGGGCUAUCAGCCAUACGAAUUCACUACAAUAAAGAGUUUACAGGAUCCCUUUAACAAGCCAUGUUACCAAAGUAAGAAAAAGUCGAAAGCCAAGGAAAAUCCUCCCGAUAAACAGGACGACAGUCAACUGAUCUCACUGGAUGACCAGCAGCAGGAUAACGAGGAUCAGGAUUCUUUGGCCAUGUCUCCAGAGAAGACUGAUUUCAACAAAGGGAGCAUGCCUACAUUUGAUGGCAGCUUGGAUGACUUGUUAGACCUGAAAGCGGAUGAAAGGUUCCUAUUUGAAGACAGUGCCAUGUCCAAUGUCCCUCUAUCGGACCCGGCAGAUGUGGACUCCCUGGAGAAGGACGAGAUGCAGUUGCUGAAUGAGAUCAUGAGCGCCUCAUCUCUGGAUGGUGGAGACCUCUCCAAAGAGUGGACAGCAGUAUUUGGGGAGCCGCUGUAUCCCAGUCAGCCCUUGAGUCCGACCAGCCAGGAAUUGGAGCCUGGAGCUGAACCACCAUCCGGAUUCCUACCUUCUCAACUAUUAGACCAGAACUUGAGUGGUCUCCAGUCUUCAUUAUACGACUGGACAGCUUUCGGUGGGGCCUCAUCUUCAGCACCAUUAUCAUUAUCCUCAACCUCUACAUCCACAAACCUCAAUCAAAAUAGCAGCGCAACCCCACAGAAAGAUACAUCUAAAAGCACAAAAGACUUGUCCACUUGGUACAACCUCUUUGCAGAUCUCGAUCCCCUAUCGAAUCCCGAUGCCGUUGGAAAAACGGACAAAGAACACGAACUAAUGAAUGCAUAACAAUUUCCUACGUUGCUGCAGACAACCCUUCCGCAACAAGCACCCCCGUCCCCAGCGAUCGCCUCACAGGGGACAGACCCCGCCCUGACACUCGUGCCACUUUUCUUCUUCUUUUUUUGUUUUCCUGCAGAAAUAAAGAUGAAUUAUUUCUUCGUACAACGGGAGAUGUGAGAAAUUCCUCGGCUACGCCAAAAUCUACACUGGACUCGCUAAAGAACUAUUUUAAGGGAAAUGCUAGGAACCUAUUUUUAUAUAUGCCAAUGUAACGGUCAGAGGAUGUAGAUGUCAAAUAUCUUUUUUUUUUUUUUUUUUGUUUCUUCUUUAUUUUUGUGUAAGCUCUAUAGAGGUCUUUCUGUUAAGAAUAAUUUAUUUGGGUGGGAGCAAAAUUCUUUAUUGUUGCUAAGAUACUCGGCAUGAACUGCGAUGAUUCACUUUCUUGUUUCACAGCCGAAUAGCAAGUGCAGAGUACAAAGGCAAAUUUCUUCCCCGGAAAUAAAAUUAUAAAAAAAAAAGAAGAUAUAACAUUGCUAAUUUUUUUUUUUUUGAAGAAACCAUUUGACAUUUUACCAAUAUGACAAAGUGCCUCUAAUAGAUUGGCUUUUAUUUCGGACAUCCUAUGUACUUACUACUGCACUAAAAUACUCGGCACUCGCCCACAAGAUGAAGUAUUAAUCCCAGCAGUUCUCACAAAGAGCAUGCUUGCAAUGUCAUUAAAGGAAUCAAUAAAAAAAAAUACUUUGACUCAUAAAGUGCAA